UGAUGGAACCAUCUCCACCAUUUUAUCUUUGUGGUCUUUUCGAGAAAGUUUUCCCGGAAAUGCUUUCCAUGGAAACAAACAGAGCCUUUAAGGGUUUCAAUUUUUCAUGAAGCUGCGGUUAGAAUCUCUCCUUCUCUGAAGUUUUUUCUUCAAAACCCUAAUUGGUAUCGUAUAAACAUUGAUUUCGUGAAGGAAAUAGAGAUUUGGAGGCGAGAAGUCGAGUUUGCUUCGAUUUGAAGUCGAUAUAUAGACAAAUCAGAGAUUUGAAGGCGAAUGAUUGAGUCGUUGAUUUGGUUCGAAGUUGAUAUAUAGGAAAUUCUGAGUUUUGGAGGCGAAAGGCCGAGUCUUUACUUUGAUUAGAAGUUGAUAUUUAGAAAAAUGGGUUCUCCAGUGAUAACUCCGGAAGAUGUGCUAGAGUCGCUGAUGAAUGACGGCACGAUUGAUGCUAUCAGAUUGAAGAUCAUCAAUCAACUCAAAGCUAAUGAAGAGCUGAAGAAUUCCACUAUUAAGAUGGCAGAGCAGAGUAAAGUUCUUAACACUCCUGGAGCAGAGAAACAGACCAAGCGGGAGCUUUUUGAUGCACUUCGGCAGGAACUUGAAACCCCAGCACUUGAGAAGGCAUCUAAAUCAGUUUGGGAGUUGAUUCUGGACAAUAACGGGCUGGGCAAGGAAAUAAGCGAAACAGUUGAACGAGUUUUCUGUCGAUUAAGUGGCCGUGAAGCUCCAUUAUUUCCUGAACCAAAUAUUGAAGCGCAGCCAGGAAAAGAGAAUGAAAAAGGAAAAGCAAAAGAAAAUGAAAACGAAAACGAAAAUAGAAAGGAGAAUUCAGGUUCCACAUCAAAGAAAAGGAGCUUUGCUGAGAUGAACAGUGAAGGGGGAGCUGAUGAAGUAGCAAGCAAAUCUAGGGAUCCUCCAUCUGCUCCUGAAGAUUUUACUAAACCACCUUCACCAAGUUCAAUGACAUAAACCCCUCCUUUUACUAAGGUGAGAUCAGUUCCUUUGGAUCCUUUGCUGCCAAUCUGUAAGUUGAUUUAGCAGCCAAUUUAGAAAAAUUUGAGGUUAACCGUAGACAUUGUGAACCCGGGAUUAACUACUACUUUAAUUGUAGCUGAUCUGCAAGAAAAUGGGAAUAAUUUACCAUUAUAUGCUUUGAAGGA